CGACUCCGCCACAGAGCGGAGACGCCGCGCAGAGGACGACCCAGAUCCCCGCAGCAUCCCCACGACACGCCCCACGCAGGAUUGGACUUUUCUUUUCUUCUUCUUCUUCUGUUACCUCCGCCCCCCCCUCGCCUCCACCUUCAUCCCACUGCUGAAAUCAAUGAAGGAGAGACGAUCGUGUCAGAAUCUAUCUCUGAAAUCCGGCAUGGAUCCCAGUCAGAGUGUGAAGUGUAAGAUCGUGGUGGUGGGGGACAGCCAGUGCGGGAAGACCGCCCUGCUUCACGUGUUCGCCAAGGACUGUUUCCCCGAGAGCUACGUCCCCACCGUGUUCGAAAACUACACGGCCAGCUUUGAAAUCGACACGCAGAGGAUUGAGCUCAGUUUGUGGGACACCUCAGGAUCUCCGUACUACGACAACGUGAGGCCUCUCUCCUACCCGGACUCGGACGCUGUCCUCAUCUGUUUCGACAUCAGCCGCCCUGAGACACUCGACAGCGUACUGAAAAAGUGGAAAGGGGAGAUCCAGGAGUUUUGUCCCAACACCAAGAUGCUGCUGGUCGGAUGCAAGUCGGACCUGCGCACCGACCUGAACACGCUGGUGGAGCUCUCGACCCACCGGCAGACGCCGGUCUCUUACGACCAGGGGUCCAGCAUGGCCAAGCAGAUCUCGGCGCCCUACAUCGAGUGCUCGGCCCAGCAGUCGGAGAACAGCGUCAGGGACAUCUUCCACGUGGCCACGCUGGCCUGCAUCAACAAGAGCAACAAGCACGUGAAGCGCAGCAAGGCCCCCCGCGGCAACAAGAGGAUUUCACACAUGCCCGGCCGGCCCGAUUUGGCGGCCGUGGCCUCGGACCUGCGGAAGGACAAAGCCAAAAGUUGCUCGGUCAUGUGACUGAUCGGACCGAGGGGGGUCGGACUGAGGAAGAGGGCGGGGCGCAGCGCGAGCAGCGAGCUGUGGGGCGACGCUCUUUCCCGCAUGCUGAAGGCCGCUCGUUUGUCCGGAGAGGGGUUUUAUAAGCUUCGAUUCAUGUUGUUGGAACACUCUGCACCAGUGAAAACUCAACGCGUAGCAGCAUCCCAACCCACAUUGCCCCCCACCCGGCCCCACCCCACCCCGCCUCGCCCCACCAGACGAUGAAGCUACCCCUUCAGCAAGCCAAUUUGCUCGGGAAGUGACCCGCUUCCUCCCGGGAUGGAGGCAGGAAACGAGCAGGCGGAGUGAUGUCACGAGGAGACGCUCACUCGUGAACGGAUGAGGGGGUCUAAGAGCAUGUGAUCAUAUGAAGGAGAGCCAAAGGCGUCGAUUGGGAAGUGUGUGUGUGUGUGUGGGGGUGGGGGUGGGGAGGGUUUGCCGUGUGUGCCGGAUCAAAGACCCUUUUCUCGGAGACUUAGUAUGGACCCGAUUCACUGUUCCCCCCCCCUCCCUCCCCCUUGUUCCCGUGACUGUUAAGACACAAGAAGAGGAAUUUGUCAGUGCUGCACGAAGGAAACCUGAACGCCGCGCCGUGUCCCCUGUCUCUUGACAUGCCGUCGGUAUAAUGUGAGGUCAUCGGCGUGUAACCGCACCCUUGUUUCGUUUAAGCUUCGCCCCGGUUGAGUUUCUGCCACGCUGAGCGAUCCUGAUUUACAGCCCCGCACGUUGUAGCAGCGGUCGGACCGCCAUUAAUUCACGUCGACCGCCACGCCAAGACCUGUUAUCCAAACUGCUCUCCAGAGUCCAUUUUUACAAACAAACGUGGUGUCACUUGAGUAACUGUCAUUGCGCCUCAAAAUACCCUUUUUAAUGGACCCCUAAUGGGUCGGAAAGCUUUAGUCAAAGUGUAAAUGUGUCUAAUUGUGUAAAGUCUGACGGUCGGUUUGAGUCAUUUUUCCACUGCACUUUGGGGAGGAAGCGCAUGUGCAAGCGACAAUUAAAGCAUGUUUAUUAGAAGCUGAAAAUACAUCAGGGCCUCUGCAGUGUAAAUUUGUGUUAAAUUUGUUGGGGGGGGGGUUUACAAUUAAGGAUCUGUUUAAAUAUCAAACGUCGUGGAUGCACUUUCAAUGUAACCUCCCCGAUUUAUAUCUUGCUCAAAUGGCCGUGCUGUGACAUUCGGCUGCUCAGUGGCCCAUCUCUUUAACCGGAUCAGUUGUCCCUUUCCCCAGUGUGCGUUGUCAUGUUUUCUUGAAUGUUGAUGUCACCUUCAGUUGUCUUUGCCAAUGUUGUCUGCGCAGUAUUUAUUGAAUUAUAUAUUUUCCCUUUAGAAUAAAUGCAAAUCAAAUUGAAGAAAA